UUUCUCCCGCUUUCGGGGGUGAGAGGCACUGCCACUUUGACAGGUGGUUGGAAGGGGGCUUCACUAGCAUCCCUCAUUCUUUGGCGGACUUCGCUUCUUUCCUCACCUCUUCCUAGAGUCAUUUUCUUCAGUUCACCUCCUCGCCUCGUAUUAAGAGGCCAAUUACUUUAGCUCUCCCCUCCCCUUUCUGUGGGGGACAAGUCUCACCUUUCCUUAAUCCUAAAGUUCUCAGUUUGGGGGGUUGGGGAACCCUCCAUCCAUCUCUGAGCUCCUUAGAGGAUACAGGACUUCCUCCAGCAGCUGGAAGGGUGGCGUCUUCCCUGGUCUUGGCCACUCUACUUUUGGAGAACUCACUCCAGAGAGCCCUCAGGCCUUUGCAGAGAGGCGGCGUGGAUGGCGUCGGGGCGCCCCGAGGAGCUGUGGGAGGCGGUGGUGGGGGCCGCUGAGCGCUUCCGGGCCCGGACAGGCACGGAGCUGGUGCUGCUGACUGCCGCGCCGCCCCCACCGCCCCGCCCGGGCCCCUGUGCCUAUGCAGCCCACGGGCGUGGGGCUCUGGCCGAGGCCGCCCGCCGCUGCCUCCACGACAUCGCCCUGGCCCACAGGGCCGCCGCCGCUGCCCGGCCCCCCGCACCCCCGCCAGCACCACAGCCACCCAGUCCUGCGCGGAGCCCACCUCGGCCUACCCUGGCCAGGGAGGACGACGAUGAAGAUGAGGACGAGCCGACAGAGACUGAGACCUCUGGGGAGCGGCUGGGUGUCAGCGACAACGGAGGGCUUUUUGUGAUGGACGAGGAUGCCACACUCCAGGACCUGCCCCCCUUCUGUGAGUCGGACCCCGAGAGCACAGAUGAUGGCAGCCUGAGUGAGGAGACCCCUGCUGGCCCCCCAGCCUACUCAGUGCCCCCGGCCUCAGCCUUGCCCACACAGCAGUAUGCCAAGUCCCUGCCCGUGUCCGUGCCCGUCUGGGCCUUCAAGGAGAAGAGGACAGAAGCACGGUCAUCGGAUGAGGAGAACGGGCCGCCCUCUUCGCCGGACCUGGACCGCAUCGCGGCGAGCAUGCGCGCGCUCGUGCUGCGGGAGGCCGAGGACACCCAGGUCUUCGGGGACCUGCCGCGGCCGCGGCUCAACACCAGCGACUUCCAGAAGUUGAAGCGGAAAUACUGAGGCCCGGGGAGAGCGCUUCCCGGCCCAGCGUCCGCCCCGCCCCACACUACACCCCUGCCCCGCCCCCGGGGCCGGCCAAUCCGAGUCCGACCCGGGACCGGCUCCUCAGGUCCCCGGGGCCCCGGGAUUGCACCCUCCCUCCCAAUCCCUGCCGUCCUUCCCUCCACGACCUUCUCACGCGCCGAGGAGCGGGACCUAUCUAGUUUCCCUAUUGGGUUUGUCGCCGCUUUCUUUGCCCGGCGACAGAUUCGUUCGAUUAAGGGAUUGGGUCGCUCCCAGAUCGGGGCGUGGCUAGUUUAAAGCCCUCGCAGGGGUUACCCGUCGUUUUUUUGCCUAGCAACAAGGGCUUUGCCUGCGCGGCAUUGGUUGAAAGAGAAUAAUCAAGCCCCAGGAUUGGGUAGUAGCAAGCCCGUUCGGCCUAGAGAAUGGGCAACUCCUUCAUUUGAUUGGCUUGAACUCAAAGGGCUUAACCAAUAUCCUGGGAGUAGCCAUCCCCCCCCCCUCCCUUCCUGGGUUUUCCCCGCCUGAUUGGUUCUAGCCUCCUGAGGGCGUGGCCAAACCUUCCUCCUGUACCCAGGAUUGGCCUGCGGCCUUAAAUUUACGUUCUUUACACUACUUGGGACUGGGGUCGUUUCUGACCGAGUCCUGACUAAGUACCCCUCUGCCCCCUUCCAGGGCUGGCCCAAUCCUGUCCCUGCAUCUGACACCCUCUCAUUGGUUCCAUCCCAUAACAGCCUGCCAAUCGUAGUCCCGUCCUUGCACCCAGGACGGCACCAGCUCCCGCCCCUCUCCCCCCACCCCCACAGGUGCCUUAAAGGGCCCUCGUCCACCCAAGGUGGGAGGCAGGGGCCCUCGCUCUCCGGCCCUUGUGUGGGGGAGAGAGUCGUGGGUGGGGAUCGGGAGUUGGGAGGGGUGGUCUGAGAUUAAAGAGUUUUACCUCUAA